AUGGCGACGUGGCCGCGGGGCAAGGAUUCCUGCCGCUGCCUGGUGCUGCUGGCGGCCCUGCUGCUGGCCGAGAGCGCGCAGCUGGGCAGCGCUCGGGCCAAACUUAACUCCAUCAAGUCCUCCCUCGGCGGGGAGACGCCUGCCCAAGCUGCCAACCGAUCUGCUGGCAUUUACCCUGGACUGGCUUUCGGCGGCAGUAAGAAGGGCAAACACCUGGGGCAGGCCUACCCUUGCAGCAGUGAUAAGGAAUGUGAAGUUGGGAGAUACUGCCACAGUCCACAUCAAGCAUCAUCAUCCUGCAUGGUGUGUCGAAGGAAAAAGAAGCGCUGCCAUAGAGAUGGCAUGUGCUGUCCUGGUACUCGCUGCAAUAAUGGCAUCUGUAUCCCAGUCACUGAAAGCAUCUUAACAGCUCACAUCCCAGCUCUGGAUGGCACCCGGCACAGAGAUCGAAACCAUGGUCACUACUCGAACCACGACCUGGGGUGGCAGAACCUAGGAAGACCACAUUCUAAGAUGUCACACAUAAAAGGACACGAAGGCGAUCCUUGCCUACGAUCGUCAGACUGCAUAGAAGGGUUCUGCUGUGCUCGUCAUUUCUGGACCAAAAUCUGCAAGCCGGUGCUCCUUCAAGGGGAAGUCUGUACCAAACAGCGCAAGAAGGGCUCCCAUGGGUUGGAAAUUUUCCAGCGAUGUGACUGUGCAAAGGGUCUCUCUUGUAAAGUGUGGAAAGAUGCCACCUACUCCUCCAAAGCCAGACUCCAUGUGUGUCAAAAAAUAUGAGCACACUUGAGGGAAAGCGUCUCAAGCAGACUGUGAACCCAUAAAUUGAAUGCAUUAGAGCAUGGUGAAAAAUAAGAAUUGGAUCUCAGCAAAAUGAAUGAGAUGAGGACUGUGAUAAGAAGACAGACGAGAUGGAGAAAAAAGAGGACUAAGGGAUUUGAAAGGUUGACAAAUAAGGGGAACCAACAUGUUUCUAUUAUGCACCUAUUCUGUAAACAAUUCUGUACACAGAUGUGAAGAUGCAAUCACUAAUGGGAGAGUACAGAGUCCACAUGACAGAACACACACCACACACCCCAUUACUAGUGGAGAGCUUAGGCUGAACUAGUUCCUGCAGAUUAGUUACUUUUUAUAAAAUUAGCCAAAAAGCCAUAUUACUGUUUUAUAAUUUAGCUUAAUUAAAAUAUUGGUUGCAUAUAGAAGACUUUAAAACACAAAAACUCUAAAACACAAGGAGCUGUUACACAGGAAAUUAAUUUGGACACAA